UACUUUGCCUUGCCGUUGAGAUUGCCGAUUCUAUACGCUUCUGAGUUACAGAGAAAUGUAUAAUUUUAAAAACUAAUAAUAAAAGAUUCAAUUCAAUUGCGGAUUCCUUUGAUUCACAAUUCUAAACUUGCCCAGUAUUCUGGUUGUCAUGGGGGAAGCUGGAAGCCCUAGAACAAGCACAGAAUCAAGAAGCCCAUUGAUGAUGUGCUUUUUUCAGGCGCGGAAUGACAGUGUAGGGGAUGAUAGGCUCAUUCCUCCACUGUUGACGUCUGUACCAGCUCUCAAUGAAGCUGCAUCUUACCUUGUUCAAACAACUUCAUUACUAACGCGCUGUUUCACUGAUUAUUCUGUGGAACAUUCUCCUAGACAUUCUGGGAAUUCUACACACGCACAGGAAUUGGUGACAUUUUCUUCUGCACAAACUGAGGAAUUUCCGGAUGGUGAUUGUGCAUCUUCACGUCAAAACCAUUCAACAUUUCCUGAACCAUCUACAUCCAUUAAACCAUCUACGUCUGCCACUGCUGCACCUUCUAUCCAAAUAACAAGAACCUCUUCAGAUGGCCCAUCCCAAAAUAAUAGUGCGAUUGUACCAUCAAGUCAUAGUGGGCAGAAUGGAAUUUCCAUUUUUCAAGGACUAAUUGAGCGAGCAAGGAGGACUGUUCGUGGAUCUGCUGAUGAUAUAGGAUGGAUGCAACGUGCUUCAGGAAUGCCUCCAGUUGAGGAUGGAACGGGAAGGUUUAUGGAAGUACUUGAUAAUAUAAGGCAUGGUCUGCACAAGUUGCCAAAUUCAAUGGUCUACUUGUUGGUUCCAGGUCUUUUCAGUAAUCAUGGACCACUUUAUUUUGUCAACACGAAAGUGCGUUUCUCUAAGAUGGGUCUAACUUGUCACAUUGCCAGGAUUCACAGCGAAGCUUCGGUUGAGAAAAAUGCCAGAGAGAUAAAAGAAUACAUUGAAGAAAUCUAUUGGGGUUCAAAUAAACGUGUCAUGCUUCUUGGGCAUAGUAAAGGAGGAAUAGAUGCAGCUGCUGCUUUAUCAUUGUAUUGGUCUGAUUUGAAGGAUAAGGUAGCUGGAUUGGUAUUAGCACAAAGUCCAUAUGGUGGUAGCCCAAUAGCUUCUGAUAUUUUACGUGAAGGGCAGCUUGGUGAUUAUGUUAAUGUGCGGAAGCUUAUGGAGAUUAUAAUCUGUAAAGUGCUUAAGGGUGACAUGCAAGCUUUAGAAGACUUGACAUAUGAGAGGAGGAAGGAAUUCUUGAUGAAGCACCAUUUGCCGAGAGAACUUCCUGUUGUAUCGUUCCACACAGAAGCUGGUAUUAGCCCUGCUGUUCUAGCCACACUCUCCCAUGUUUCUCAUGCAGAGUUACCACUAGUUGGCGAACCAGCAAAACUCCCUGUGGUGAUGCCCCUUGGUGCUGCAAUGGCUGCAUGCGCCCAGUUACUUCAAAUCAGGUAUGGUGAGAAGAGUGAUGGGCUGGUCACAUGUCGUGAUGCAGAAGUCCCUGGAUCUAUUGUAGUGCGUCCCAAACGUAAAUUGGACCAUGCUUGGAUGGUGUACUCGUCAUUAAAUGAUGACCCAUCCGAAGCAGAUGCUUCUCAAGUGUGCGAAGCUUUAUUGACGUUACUCGUUGAAGUCGGCCAAAAGAAGAGACAUGAACUUGCAAUGAAGGAUGAGUGAGCUUCAUAAGGUUUAUGCCUUUCAUCUGAUUGCUGUGUUGUUUCUGUACAUUUAAUUAAAAAAAUACUAAUAAGUGGCUUUUGAGGCCAUCUAAAAUUGUAAAUAUACUAUCCUGUUUCACAAAAAAUAUUGUAAAAUUGUAGUUUUUUUUUCUCCCUUUUA